UGUAGCGAAACUAAACCUACGGGCUCUCACUCUCGACUACGGAAUUAAGUAUGGCGUCGGCAACCCCAAGCUCGUCAGGAACAACCUCCAAUAAAUCAGCACGGCUAAAUAGACUUCGAAACUUGGAGCUAAAAAUGAAUGAGGCUCGAAAACUCAAUCACCAAGAGGUGGCAGCAGAAGAUGAGCGAAAAAAACGACCCGAAAAUUUUGAAGCAAAGAGAAAGCGGAUGGAGUGGGAGCAAGAGCAGGAUACAUUAAAGCAGGAAUGUCUUGCUAAAGGAGAGAACUAUGACUUAGUUAAACUUCGUGAUGUUGGGGCUGAUGAGGCAGAGCGAUGGGAAAGGAAAAAGAAGAAGAAAAAUCCAGAUACAGGAUUUGCAGACUAUGAGCAAGCAACUUACAGGCAGUAUCAGCGCCUAACUAAGCAGAUGAAGCCUGACCUCAACCAGUAUGAAAGGCAGCGAGAAAAAAUGGGAGACGAGUUUUAUGCUACAGCAGAUACCCUGGGUUUGCACCAAAGGAAAGACCCUGAAGAGAACGUGGACAAAAUGGUUGAAGAUCUUGAGAAACAGAUUUCAAAACGAGAAAAAUAUAGUCGCAGAAGAACUUUCGAUGAAGAAGCAGAUAUCGACUAUAUUAACGAACGAAACAUGAAAUUCAACAAAAAACUUGAGCGAUUUUAUGGCCAGUACACAGCAGAGAUCAAACAGAAUCUCGAAAGAGGAACAGCUGUUUAGAGAUGGAAUACCUAGGGAACUCGACAUAGUGCAUGCGCAAGCCAACUUCUAGCACAUGCACGGGUUUUCCACAACAAUCGGAGGACAAUUAAACAUCUUUUCACGUCACGUUCUUGACCAAAAGCUGAAAUAUGCUGCAUUUUGUGUGUACAUAAAGUAUUAUGUUAUAUUAAAAUCCACUUGAUAUGUUUC